AUGGGCUCUCCUAUCUCUCCUGUAAUCGCCAACAUCUUCAUGGAGCACUUCGAGAAAGAGACCCUCGGAAAAACACCGAAAAAGCCAGAAGUUUGGUUCCGCUAUGUAGACGACACAUUCGUGAUAUGGAGACACGGCAGAGCAGAACUCCAAUUCAGAGCCAUAAGAGGAUAUAGAACGGUAAGCUUUGCUACCGCGACUAUAUUGGCCGGUACACCGCCUCUGCUACUAAAAGCACAGAUGUACGCGAAAGUAUACGAAGCCAUGCAGGAGUACCGCUCACAAGGACUAAAGCAAAUUCCCCCUGGUGUGGCGGAACCGAUAAGAGUAAGGGAAAGAAACAGGAUGUUCCGCGAUUGGGAAACAUGGACAAGAAGACCUGGUCAAUCGGGAGGGGAGGUUGGGAUUGCACUCCGACCCCAUUUCCAAAAAUGGGCCAAGGCGAAGAUCGGCCUCACAUACCGAUGCACCCAAAUACUGACGGGCCAUGGGUGCUUUGGGCAGUACUUGCACACAAUCAAGAAGGAAGAAUGUGCCAGGUGGUGCUGGCACUGCCCGGCCAGGCUGGAUACGGCCCAGCAUACGCGGGAGGAGUGCCCGGCUUGGGAGCAAGAUAGAAGAGCGCUAAUCCGGGACGUCGGAGACAUAUCGGAUACUGCUCUAAUCAAGGCUGUACUCGAUGAUGAAAAAAGGGAGGCAGUCCUUCGUUUUUGCGAAAGCAUAAUGAAAACAAAGGAGGAGGCGGAACGCGCUCGUGAGCGAACGCCCGACGACAACGGGAAGGAAAUUAAUUUGAGGUAG